CCCAGGCUUGCCUUGAACUUACAAUCCUCCUGCUUCAGCCUCCCAAGUAGCUGGGGUUACAGAUGUAUGCCACCAUAUCCUGCUACUAGUGUUGAUUUCUUGGGGAAACUACAGGCAGCAUUGUCCCAGUGUGAGAUGAGACAGAAGCAACAUAAAAGAUAUCCUUAGAUCUCUAUCUUGCAGUCCCCUCUGGCCGCCACCUGCUGUAGGCUAAAGCUAGGCCCUUCUCAGUCUCAGACCCAACAUAAACAAAUAUCCCCAAGGAUUAUCUUUUUCAUCCAAUUAGUUUUUCUGACCCAUGUUUUCCUUUUGUUCCAGGGCUGAUUUGGGGGUGGGGAGCCAACCUACGGUGCUAAUUAAAUAUCUCCAUUUAAUAGCCAUUUUAUAUUUACCAUCUUACCUAGGAAUGAGUUGCAUUUUACUUAUAGCAUCUGUGCCAAUGAUUUCAUUUAAAUUAAUAAUUUCCUGCCCCCUCCAGGAAUCAUUGCUAUAGAAAGAAUGAGUUGUUAUAUUUCCAGAGUUUCUUGAUGUCUCUGCAGAGCAGUUUGGUGCAGGUGCACUUGCCAGGAGUGUUUGAUUGAACCAGUGAGGCCCUUACUCUCAGGAACAAGACAGUUCAUAUGCAGCAAGUGAAGAAGGCUUCAGGAAUGAGAAUGGAUUCUUGGUUUCCAAACCUUUGACCAGAAGACUCUAUCUAGUCAGGACUGACAAGCCACAAACCAGCAGGUUUCCCAAAAGCAGUAGAAAUGAUUGAGUCACAGAUAUCAUUUGAGGAUAUUGCUGUGGACUUCACAUGGGAGGAGUGGCAGCUGCUGAACCCUACUCAGAAGAGCUUGUAUAGAGACGUGAUGUUGGAGAACUACAGCAGCCUUGUCUUCCUAGGUUAUCAGAUUACCAAGUCUGAUGCAGUUUUCAAGCUAGACCAGGAAGAGCCCUGGAUAAUAGAUGAAGAAAUUCUAAGUCAGAACUUUCCAGAAGUCUGGCUAGACAGUAAUUCCAAAAUAUGGCAUCAAGGUAAUCAAGACAAAAGUAUGCCAACAGGCCAUGGAUAUGAUGUUUUGGGAAAAAUACUUAAUUCAAGCAUGAAUGUUGUUCAUUUAGGAAUGAAAUUUCAAGAGUAUGCCUCAGGUGAAAAAAGUUUGAAAAACCCUUUCAAUUUUAUUAUUCUAAAAAAUAACUGUGGCAGAAAGAAAGUUGAUGAGCUCAGUAAAAAAUUACAUUUUUAUAAAACACUUGACAAUAUGUUUAGUGAAAUAAAAUACUAUGAUUGCAAUAAAUUUAGAAAAACCAGCAGCAAAGAGUCAUGGCUCAUUCCAAAACAUGUAACACAUUCAGAAAUCUAUUUAUGCAUAGAAUGUGGCAAAGUUUUUAAUAAAAAGUCACCACUUACUGUGCACCAGAGAACUCACACAGGAGAGAAGUCCUACCAGUGCAGUGAAUGUGAGAGAGCCUUCUCGCAGAAGUCCUUGCUCACUUUUCACCACAGGACUCACUCAGGAGAAAAACCCUAUGGAUGUGGGGAGUGUCCCAAGGCUUUUAGCCGGAAAUCACUGCUCAUUCUGCAUCAGAGAAUUCAUACUGGAGAGAGGCCCUAUGCAUGCAGUGAGUGUGGAAAAGCCUUCAGCAGGAAGUCACAGCUUAAAAGACAUCAGAUAAUUCACACGGUAGAGAAACCCUAUGGUUGCAGUAACUGUGGGAAAACUUUCUCCCAGAAGUUAAAGCUCAUCACACAUCAAAGAAUGCAUACAGGAGAGAAACCUUAUAAAUGUGAUGAUUGUGGAAAGGCUUUCUUUUGGAAGUCACAGCUGAUUACUCAUCAUAGGUCUCAUACAGGGAAAAAACCCUAUGCAUGUAGUGAGUGUAAAAAAGCCUUCAGCAGAAAUUCACUCCUCAUUAGGCAUCAGAGGAUUCACACAGGAGAGAAACCCUAUGAGUGCAGCGAAUGUGGUGAAGCCUUCAUCAGAAAGCCGCAGCUUGUCAAACAUCAGGUAACCCACACUGCAGAGAAGACUCAUCAAUGCAGUGAUUGUGAAGAAGCCUUCUUCAAGAAAUCAGAGCUAAUAAGACAUCAAAAACUUCACUUAGGAGGAAAACCCUAUGGGUGCAUUGAAUGUGGGAAAACCUUCUUUGGGAAGUCACAGCUCCUCACACAUCAGAGAACUCACACUGGGGAGAAACCUUAUGAAUGCAGUGAAUGUGGGAAAGCCUUCACCCAGAAGUCAAGCCUGAUCUCACACCAGAGAACACACACAGGUGAGAAGCCCUAUGAAUGCAGUGAGUGCAGGAAAACUUUCAGUGAGAAGUCCAGUCUCAUUCAUCACCAGAGGACCCAUACUGGGGAAAAGCCCUUUGAAUGUAGUGAAUGCAGGAAAACUUUUGCCUGGAAGCCACAGCUCCUGAGGCAUCAAAGAAUUCACACAGGGGAGAAGCCCUACAAAUGCAGUGAGUGUGGCAAAGCCUUUGUUCAGAAAGUGCAGCUCAUUAAGCAUCAGAGAAAUCACACUGGAGAGAAAACCUAUGGGUGCAGUGAUUGUGCCAAAGCUUUCUUUGAGAAGGCACAACUUACCAUCCAUCAGAGAAUUCAUACAGGAGAGAGGCCUUAUAAGUGUAGUGAAUGUGGGAAAUCUUUCACUAGAAAAUCACACCUUAUGAGGCAUCAGAGAAUUCAUACAGGAAAUAACUAUGAAUGUAGUGAGUGUGGACCACCUUCCACAGGAAGUCACAGCUCAUGCUACAUCAGAGGAAUCAUUUGAUAUAGAAGCCAUAUGAGUACAGUGACUGGAAAGCUGCUCUAUGAUAUCACACAAACACCUGAAGACAUAUUAAGAGACACCCUUGAGGAGAAAGUGACUACUGGAGAAGCAUUAUUAUAGAGUCACAGAGUCACUAAUUAACUCAGAAAGGGGGAGUAUGUAAAAGUAAACAAUGUAGAAACCCUUCCUCCCAGAAGAUGCAGCUCAUUACCAGUUGGAUGACGCCUCACAGUGAAAUGUUACCAGUAUAACACUGCUAGAAAUACAGUAAUCCAGAGCCUGUGAGUUUAAAGUCCUGAUAUUCAUCAUUUAGAAGACCUAAACAUGAGAAAAACUGUUGUACCAAGUCAAAGGUAUCAGGAAAUGGCAACUCACUGAACUCUAGAGAAUGCUUACAGAAAGGAACACUGCAUGUUACAUCUUGAAGCCUUCAUACUGAGAAGUACCUUCAUAAUUUGAAGAGGGAUAAGCAUGAUCCUGUUGAAAUAAUACUAUGAGGAAAUUGUUUUUACUGCAUAUGAAUGAUUAGAAAAAGUAGUUGUUUUUAAGUGAAAAGUAUGUAUACUUGAAUGAAGACUUGUUUUCUUCUGUGGUGGAAUAACAGAUCAGAUUAACUCUCCUGCCUUAAACAGCCAAAGACUAUAUAAUAUAUGUGAAAUAAUUCUUUGUUUUAUUUAUAUAUUUUUAAUUGACACAUUGUAAUUGUAAAUAUUUGUGGGGAAAAGUGUGGCAUUUUGAUAUGUGCAUACAAACGCUGAUGAUAGAUCAGGGUAAAUGGUGCUGUAAUCACUUCAGACAUUUACUGUUUCCUUACAUUAGAAACAAUCAAAACCCACUUCAUUAAUUAUUCAGAAAUGUGCAGCUAAUUGAUGUUAAUAGCCCUGCUGUGCUUACAAACAUGAAUUUAUUCCUCCCAUCCAAACAAUUGCACCCCUGGUCAGGUAACCAUCCUCUCUGCAUCUGUCUUUCUCCACACUGUCCCAUGGGUGUGGGGACCACUAUUCUAUAUUCCUUUGAGAUAAGAUUUAAGUUCCACAUGCAUUAUUUGCCUGACCUCACUUCUUAUUAAGUUUUCCAGUUCCAUUUCUAGAAAUGCCUUUUUCUUCUUUUGGUGAUACUGAGGAUUCAAGUUAGGGCCUUCCCAUAAAGAUAAAUCCUCAGUCCUUUUUAAUUUUUAUUUUGAUACAGUCUUACCAAGUUGCUAAAUUGCCUAUCCUGAGCUUCAACUUGUGAUUUUCUUGCAUCAGUCUCCCAGAGUGCUAGAAUUAGAUGAUUUUACCACCAUUUCACUCUUUUUAUGGCUGAGUAAUAUCUCAGCACAUACAGUUCUUUUUAUACAUUAGUGCAUCAGUGGAUACUUAAGUUGAUUCAAUAUCUUCACGAAUGGUAGUUUUUGGACAUGUGAUAAGCAGAGAAGAAACAAGAGUGGCAUUUAGAGAGGCCAUAAGGUACUAGAAUUUGCAAAGAAAGGUGCUGCAGAGAAGGGGGCUUUGGAGAGAUGGGGCUCCAGAAAUCUGCAGGGGGUCCCCAUGAAUACUUAGGCUUAGUCAAUAUUCACACAUUUGUGAAAGGAAACUUGUGAGACUAGGAAAGACAGCACUGGAAAGCAAUAGGCUGGAAACUCCUGGGGAUCAGGAAGGGCUGGGCAUAUUUCAGAUUCCCAACAAGAAGGGUGAAAACAACUUAACACGUGGGUAAAAGGCAACAUUCUCCAAAGGGUCUUCUUAUAGAAGUGGAGCUAAUUGGCCAUAGAUGAAAACCUACUCUAUGUCAGUGUGGUGGCACACUCCUGUCCCUGUAAUCCCAGCUACUGUGGAGCCUGAAGUAGGAUUUCAGGUUAGAGGCCAGCCUAGUGACUUAACAUGCCACUGUCUCAAAAAUUUUUUCUAAAAUGACUGCAGAUGUAGCUUAAUUGAACCCUUCUUGGGCUAACUUCUAAGUACCAGAAAAUAAACAUGCAAACAGAAUUACUGUAGGGACUUCACACCACUCAUCCCAUCACAAACUGCACAAGAGCAAAGAUGGUUAUCAUCCCAUGAAGCAAAAGAAGUUAAGCAGGUUUCCCAAGGGGCCUAGUGUGGAUGCACCAUACCUUAUCAUCUGAUAAGUAUCUCCUACUGGGUGGGCUCCUACCUGUACUCCAGCAGUCUGGGAAUGCUGAGGCAGGAGAAUCACAAAUUCAAACCCAUCCUGGGUACUUUACCAACUUAGUAGACCCUGUCUCAAAAGGGUUGGGGAUGUAGCUCAGUGCAAAGGCCCUGGGUGAAAUCUCUAGUGCCCACACACACAAAAAAUUAGUUCAACUUCCUUUUGCUUCUUGUUCCCUCUUGUUGGCAUAAAAACUUCCUUUACAGAGAAAUUACUGUUACUCAGCUGCACAACAGGUUUUUUUUUCUUCCCAUUGGGUUUGUGCAGUUUUUCUCUGCAGGGAGUUCUGGGAAGUGCUAUUCAGUGUGGUCUGUGUUAAUAAACUUGUGUAUCACUCUGAUCCUAUACUUAAGGAAUUCAUUAUUGAAUAAAAUUAAUAUUUUUAAGCCAGA